AUGGAGUCCAUCCCGCUCUCGGAGCCGCAGCAACACCAUGGUAGAGAGCGUUUCUCGCCUGUCCCUCUACCGAACGGGCUAGACUUUGCAAGCCUGCAAGGCUACAACUCCUCUACGUCCGGUUUUGCUGGCAGGUCUCUCUCCUCGACCGAUGCAGAGCCACUCGUGGGCGUAGCAUCUUCGCAGCGGACUUCGGAAUCGAAGAUCAAGACGGCGUUGAAGACGCUCAAGCUCAAGGCCUUCUAUUCGCUCUAUCUCCGUUUGCGAGGCAUUCAUCCACAGGAAGAGCGGAAAGUUGCAUUACACAACCAUCGCGGCUACGCUUUCCUCGGCAGCAUGAUCCACUUCCUCCCGGUCGGUGCAUCCCUGGCGCUGGUUUCCAUCAACCUCCGGGAAAUAUACGUUGGGAGCGAGCUGAUCGGGACAUCAGGCCAAGAUGGUCAGAAGCUGGCAGCGCUCCAGUUCGCAGCGAAGCUUCAUGAAUUGCUCAUGAUAUCGUCUUUGACAGCCGUCGUCCUCACCUAUAUUCGAAGGAACAUCCUCUACGGAGACGGCCUGCCUUUUGGAGCUCUCUUUGCCGGACAGCAGUUCCGAGCUCUGAGCUUCUUCUGGUCUACGGAAUUCUGGGCCACCAUUCGGCAACGGGUACUCCGUAACAAGGUCCGGUACAAAAUAUUCAUAGCCUUGUUAGUCGUCGCCACUCUUCUCGGUGUCUCGGUCGGGCCUUCGACCGCACAACUCAUGCGUCCGCAACUUGACGCCUGGCCUGCUGGAGGAACCACUUUCUGGUUGAAUGCCACCCAUGAAACCGUCUUUCCGACUACACUGGAGGCAUCAGAGAAGCUCGAUCACUGUCUUGUUGACACUGGAGAUGUCUCUUGUCCCCAUGGAGGGUGGCAAAUCAUUGACAGAACCUAUUGCUCCUACUUUCCCACCUUAACCCCCGCAGGGGCUCUGCCCCAAUUUCUCUUGAUGGACAGUGCUCGGUCCCAACGCUUCAUGUGGCCAGGAACCCGCAAGGGAUACUCGGACAAGAUCUACCCCCUCUAUGGAUACGCCUAUACCAGAGCGACCAUGCCCAUGUCAUCCAUCGCUGACACUGCAGCCGAGAUUGGGAGAUUGUGGGCCAUUGCCGCCAAGAAUGUGCAGAAAACAAAAAGGUUUUGGAGCCGCAAGGAUGCCAAAUACUCCAUCGAUGCUACACAGCCAGCGGUGGCGACCGUCUGCCAGAUCCAAAGCGUCUCAGGUCAGACCAUAUCACCAUAUGGGUAUGUGAGGUUCCCAAACUUGACGAGCAUGUGGUAUCCCGACGGUCCGCACAACGUGAUGACGGGCCGGGCGAGCUUCAUGCUCAUUGACAUCAAUGACGACGAUCUGGUAUCCACCGUCCUGGGCCGCCUUAAUUCGACAAAAGAGCCCAACAUCUUAUGGCUGGAUGCGAUUGAGGGGCUUGGCAGUACCUUGAAUGCUGUCGCAAUCUUUCCAGACACGGCCUUCACCAACACCAGUCAAAUAUUCUCAUGUAGCUUUGACACCCGAUACUUUCCAGCCACGACAAGCUCCUUGAGGAGUCAAUUGAAAAUAUCCGGCCCCGACGACACCCACGAUUACCUCCUUCAAGGAAUGAUCAAAUCGAAAUACCCGUUGAUUACCAUCUCAACUGGCUGGGCCCAGUACCUCAACCCAACCAUCAACAAUGAGGGAUGGACAGCUUUCGCACAAGUGGCCAAGACGACAGGCUUGUGGAACACGUCGACCGCGCCAGAUCAGGAUUUCGUGGAAGUAAUCGUUGAAGCCAUCCUCACCACAAUGACACUGAACGGAAUAGCUCGCACCGACUACAACAUCUCAAUAGCUGGCAGAGCGAAAGGUAGCAACGUUUCCACUCCAGAGGAUCUACCAGAUGCCUUUCUCAGCGAGCUGCUACCACGCAAGUACUUGGGCGCUGGUGGCAAUGCCUACGAGCUCACCGACGACGAACUGAGGAAUGCGGCACCGUUCGUGUUACGCGUCUUUGCCACCGGAUAUGCCUAUACAUAUCGCAGUACAACCCAGAUCGCAGCCGUGGUCGUCCUCCUCCUGUACUGCAUCUUGGCGAUUUUCCAUUUCUGCUACACGCUCAAGACUGGGGAACAGUCCAAUGCGUGGGAUACAACACCCGAGCUGGUGGCGUUGGCAAUGAACUCGGCUCGCACGCAGAAGCUGAACAAUACUGGCGCCGGAAUCGAUACCAGUAAUGUGUUCAAAGAGAUGGUGAGGGUUGAGGUCAAGGAGGGUGACCGCUUAGAGUUCGUGUUUGAGGAUACCAAAGAAACGACGAGUGAUGCCUUUUACAAGAAUAAUUAUUACGCGUAG